CGGCCGUUUUCCGGGUUCACACUCACUCAGCAUGUAGAGGAGGCGGACCGCCGGAGACACCUGGACCGCCGCGGACCCGCCGGAGCCCGGACACACGGUAUCGAUCCGCACAUAUCGAUCAGCUAUCAGUGAAGUACGCGUCGAGUCACCGUCAGGGGAGCCCGUGGCGACUGAAGCGGCGAGAACACAGCCAGCAAGGCCGGGGAAACACCCGUCCUGGUCCUGGUCCUGGUCCUGGUCCUGAUCCUGGUCCUGGUCCUGGUCCUCACCAACCUGAGCAGACCUGAAGCCCAGAGCUGCACUCACAGCUGAUCUCAGCAUGGGGAACCUGAUCAAGGUGCUAACCAGAGACAUCGACAACAAUGGAGGAAACUUCUUCCUGGACUUUGAGAACGCUCAGCCCACGCAGUCGGAGACGGAGGUGUGGGAGAAGGUGAAGCAGGUGCUGACGGAGGCCCGGGACAUCCUGGACGACCUGCAGGCCUACAGGGGAGCAGGAGAGGAAAUACGACAGGCCAUCCAGAGUCCUGGGGUGGAGGGCGUACAGGAGAAGGCCUGGUCAGCUGUGGUUCCUCUGGUCGCUAAACUCAAAACCUUCUACGAGUUCUCCCAGAAGCUCGAGUCCAGUCUGCAGUGUCUCCUGGACGUCCUCACCAGGUCGACCUCCACUCCCACGCAGCAGCUGGAGCAGAAACAGGCUCUGGCCCGGCAGUUCGCCCACAUCCUGCACUUCACGCUGCGCUUCGAUGAGCUGAAGAUGACCAACCCAGCCAUCCAGAACGACUUCAGCUACUACCGCCGAACCAUCAGCCGCAUGCGAAUCAACAACCUGUCUGCCGACACAGGAAAUGAGGUCAACAACGAGCUGGCCAAUCGGAUGUCUCUGUUUUAUGCCAGCGCCACACCGAUGCUGAAGACGCUAAGUGAUGCAACGUCAAAGUUUGUCUCAGAUAACCCAGAUGUCCCCAUCGAAAACACGACAGACUGCCUGAGCACGAUGGCCAGUGUGUGUAAAGUGAUGCUGGAAACACCGGAGUAUCGCAGUCGUUUUGCCAGCGAGGAGACGGUGUUGUUCUGCCUCCGCGUGAUGGUCGGCGUCAUCAUCCUGUACGAUCACGUCCACCCGGCUGGGGCCUUCGUGAAGACCUCCAAUAUAGACAUGAAAGGCUGCAUCAGAGUGCUGAAGGAGCAGCCGCCCAGCAGUGUGGAGGGAUUACUCAACGCUCUCAGGUAUACGACCAAACAUCUGAACGAUGAGGCUACCUCCAAGCAGAUCAAAAACAUGUUGCAGCCAAAUUAACUCAACGCUUCUUCAGCACAACUGAAACUGGAACGACGCAGGGAGACAAAAGUGUUAUGGUCCAAAUUUCAAAAGAACUACUGAACAAAGCUGUGGCUAACAUUUCUUUGUUUAACCUCAGACGUUUUUUAUUCUCAUUCAAAAAAUUGAAAAAAGCUUUUUUUGUUGUAAGAAAAACAAGGGAAACCUUUUAGUUAGUUGAAAAUGCUGCUUGAGUUGCAUUCAGGACACAUCAGAUCUACAACAAAGUGUUUAUUCUGCCACCUAGUGGACAUUGAGAAUAUUACAGCCAUCUUUUUCUGAGUUGUGUGCGUUAGAGCUUGUGUGCCCACUGCAGACUGGAUGCUGAUGCUAUUAGCUUAGCCACUUCAGGGAAGAUUUCAGCUUAUAAAGGUGUGUAAAUUACGUCUUCUCAGAUCUGUUUGGGAUCUCAGGGAUUCGGGAGACUUGGAUUACGCCAGACAAGCUGCAUGGAGCCACCUCAUGUUGUUUAUGUUUUAAGUACCCAGCUUCUUCAGCUGUUUAGCAGAGAUCCGCAGUGCUGUUUUAUGGUGAAGCUCCAGAAAUGUUUUGAGGACUAAGAAACUUGACUUUCCAUCAUGGAGGUGAGGAGAUAAUGACUGAAUUUUUGUUUUUGGCCGAACUGCUCCUUUAGCGUUGCCAGUGGUCUAGCCAACACUUGAUAGAGGGCGAUAACAUGUCCACUGGAGACCCUGAGCAACACCAAUGUCAAGCUCAUUCUGGUCAUAAAUGAGUGGGGCCACAUUGUGAUCCUCCAGUUCUGCAUCAUCAUGAGAGACUGCAGCCGAGCCUGUUGAGUUUACCAUUCGUUCGUCCGUACUUCUGAUGUGACCUGAAUGCAGCUUUCUCAGUUUUUGAGCAGCGCACAUCUGUUCGCUGCCAGUUGUUUAAGCUUGGCAGUUGGAUAGAUCAUCAUUUCAGGCCCUUCUCCACCACAGGAACCUUUUCCAAAACUAUUUUCAAGAAGCCAGGAACCUUUACACUGGAGGAACCUUGUUCUGGUUAAAUUCCUGGGCCACAGUUCCUACCUCAGAAAAGUCUCCGUGGCCGAGGUUUCACUGAACGGUUUUACAGGACUGAGCUUAUCUGAUUGGUCAAACACAAGCUCAGUGAGAAUCUUAAAGGAAAAGUUCACUUUAUUGUAGUUCUGUGAGUAAUGACAGAACACGCUGUUUGGAUAAUAAUUUUCCCCUUCGUUCUCGCUUCCAAAUAAUUCCUUUAUUACUAAUUCCUUUAUAACUUUUGAUCGUGUCACAGCUGCUGUUUGAAACCAGCCCCCGUUACAGUACCGGCGUUGGGGUCCCACAUGAACCCAACACUCACAGUUUUAGUUUCUCAUUUUCCAGUGUUCAAACUGGAGUCAGUGGUUGAAAUGAGGAAAACUGUAGAUUUUUUAAAAAAAAUAAAAAUCUCUUUUGAUCUUAGAGCAUCAUGUGACCUGCAUUUCAAAUAGUCCUCACUUCCCCAAAAUUCCUGCACGGCACAGACAAGUUCCUGGCUGCUUGAAUGUACACUUCCUGUGGGUUCUGGAUUCUUUGGUGGAGAAGAGCUGCUCUGUAGCCAGUUUGUUUGGGGAAACUGAAACAGCUCGUUCCUCCUCAGAAGACGCUGCUCCUUAUUGUUGGAAACCAGACGCACUUCACCAAACCAAUCAGCCAGUGGUCGUCCUUUAAGUCUUUUCACUUGUAAACCUGAAACACUUCACAUAAAGCAGGUGCAGUACCCACCUGGUCACCACAUGGUGGCGCUGUAGGCAGCAAUGAGUUCAAUCAGGCCAGAGAGCAGAAAGCACAGACUGUAUCUGAGUUUCUGAGCCACGAGAGGCAAACAUGAAAUUUAUGCUUUAUCACAGUUAGUGCUUUAAAAAGUACUCAAAGAUCAUACUUGAGUAAAGAUAUCACGCUGGUCUUAAAAGGUCUUAAAGUAUCUGUAUGUCAGCGUAAUCAAGUGCCAGUAGAAAUGAAUUAUACAUGUGUUUAUACCAUGGUCGGGGUGAAUGCUCGAUUCUGAUUGGCUUCAGGAUGGUGAUGGACACUUACUUAAAUUAAAUUUGCUGUUUGUUGUUGACUUUGAAUCUUGCCAGCAUAAAGUUAACCUUCUGGCUAACACGCCGGCCUCAGUGAAAUGUCUUACAGCCGAACUUUCUCACUGCUUUAUCGGACCAGUUUUCAAACAGUAUGUUUUGUUUUACAAGAACUAAAAGGUUGACCGUCUCGUUGGUUUGGUAAUGUGCCCACAGUGUUUCCACGGGAAGCAUUUUGACCGUCUUUCUGCACCUUGCUAGAAUCAUUUCAUAUAAAAAUCACUUAAUGAUUUGAAAAACAGCUUAAUGAAAUGUGAUUUGUUGUUUUUUGCUGUGACACGGGCAGCACUGUAAUAACCAGGCUACUGAGAGCAGGAGGAGGAGGAGAACCACUGUGACGAAGACGAUGCGGUACUGAAAUGAGGGAAACCUCAGACUGAUGUUUGAACUGAUCUGAUCAGUGGGACUGCUGACUGGAGAUCUUUUUAUUUCGCUGUGUAUGUUGGCGCUGCAGUGUCAGGGAUUGUAUGGCAUUAACUGUUUUGUUUGUGUUGCCCAAAUAAAGUUUUUACAUUUUUAAGAAAAACCUGA